AUGGGAUCUGCACCAUUCAAGGCCACUCAGCCUGCACCCGAAGCCGAGUCGCAUCUCUCCGAGAAGACCCUCCUCCAGUCCUUCUCCGACGUCCGCAUCUCCGUCCCGCUUUCGAAGGAUGGUGCGCUCCGGUUGGACCAUGUCGACCGCUGGGAGAGCGCGGUCGCACAGUCGCCCAAGCUCAAGCUCUCGCGCUCGAUCUUGAGCCAUUCUAACCUCGACGAAACUCUCCUUAGGCGCGAGGCGGUCAUCGCAACCCCGCACGUCUUCAAUCUCGAGCUCGACUUCAAGACGGGCCCGAUCACGGACCAGAAGGACACGGGCCGCUGCUGGGUGUUCGCGUCGACCAACGUGUUGCGGUACAAUGUGCAGAAGAAGCUGAACUUGGAGGAGCUCCAGCUCUCUCAGUCGUACCUGUUCUUCUGGGACAAACUGAACAAGGCCAAUUACUACCUCGAGCUCUCGAUUGAGCUCGCAGAACUGCCUGUCGAUGCCCGCCUCAUCCAGUACCUCGCCAAGUCGCUCAUCAGUGAUGGCGGCCAGUGGGACAUGGCCGUCAACCUCUUCGAACUCCGCGCGAAGAAGGAAGAACUUCUGAAGGAGGUGUAUGUCGUGUUAAGCGCGACGUUGGGCGUGGCGCCGAAGCCGGACGAGGCGUUCACGUGGGACUACUACGAUAAGAGCGGGAAGGCCGGCUCGUGGACGGGUACCCCGAAGGAGUUCUACAAGGCAUUCGCGUAUGAUAACUACCCGCCGGCGGAGUCGUUCUCGCUCAUCCACGACCCGCGGAACGAGUAUGGCAAGCUCUACACGAUCAACAAACUCGGGAACAUCUGGCGCGCCCGCCCAGUGCUCUACGUUAAUACGCAGAUCGACAACCUCAAGCAAGCCGUCGUGCGUCAGAUCAAAGCCGGCCACCCCGUCUUCUUCGGCUGCGACGUGGGCAAGUUCUCGAACGACCCGCUCGGGAUCAUGGACCAAGAGUUGUUCGAGUACGAGGCCGCGUUCGACAUCACAUUCGGGCUCUCCAAAGCGGACCGACUGCGCACACUGGAGUCGCAGAUGACGCACGCGAUGGUCAUUUCGGGGGUGCACUUGGACAAGGAGGGGAACCCGGUGCGGUACAAGGUCGAGAACUCGUGGGGGCCAAAUGAGGGCAACAAGGGGUACUUCGUGAUGAGCGACCGGUGGUUUGAGGAGUGGCUUGCGCCGAAGGAUCUGGUGAAGGUGUUUGAGGGCGAGGAGAGGGUUGUGCUCCCUGCGUGGGACCCUAUGGGCGCCUUGGCGUAA